UGGGUGAUGUAGUCUAUAAAUCCGCCGUUGUAGUUGGCGUUUACGUCACAUGUUUUUGUGUUUAGCGAGCAAGCUAGCUAGUUGUCUUUAAUUUAUAAGGACGUUUUGUUUCCGACACGAGUUAAAGCCUUUUCGGACAUCUUACUCAGCUGAGAUCCAGCGUACAACAUGUCGUACGUCUUCGUCAACGAUUCUUUGCAGACCACCGUGCCUCUGCUGCAGGCCUGCAUUGAUGGUGUCUUGCCAUACACCAAACGCUUGCUGGAAUCUGGCUUUGACCCCAACGCACGAGACUGCCGAGGAAGGACUGGUCUGCAUCUGGCUGCAGCUCGGGGCAAUGUGGACAUUUGUCGCCUGCUCCAUAAGUUUGGAGCUGACCUACUAGCGACUGACGGACAGGGCAAUACUGCCCUGCACAUGUGUGGCCAUGUGGACACCAUCCAGUUUCUAGUGUCCAACGGACUCAAGAUUGAUAUCUGUAAUCACAAUGGAGCAACCCCAUUGGUGCUGGCCAAGCGUCGUGGUGUAAACAAAGAUGCUCUUCGCCUGCUGGAGGGGUUGGAGGAGCAGGAGGUGAAAGGUUUCAACCGCAGCUCCCAUUCCAGCCUAGAGAAGGUCCACAUAGCUGAGAAUGAAAUUGCCAUGGAAAGCCACUCGCUUCUGAAUCCUCACUUGCACCACAGCGAUGGGGUACUUUCCAGCUUCCGCACCACGUGGCAGGAGUUUGUGGAGGACCUUGGAUUCUGGAGGGUGCUGCUGCUCCUGCUGGUCAUUGCCCUGCUUUCGUUGGGCAUAGCUUACUAUGUCAGCGGAGUUUUACCUUUUACUUCUAACCAGCUGGAACUUGUACAUUAGGACUACAUCCCCUGAGCAGUGUGGCACUGAUGCAUAUGUAGGGCUGAAUAAUUAGUUGCUUUAUAACAAAAUUAUAAUUUGAUGGACUACACUUUUCAAAUCGCAAGAGCUACAGUUUUAAUUGUAUCUUACAUUUUCCAGCGUCACCCAAAGUUUUAAGUGGAGGCAUUGAAACUAAGAACUCAGAACUGGCAGUCUGACACACUACAUUCAGCUUAGUGUAUAGAAAAUAGUCUAAUUAAAAUCGCAGUGUUGGUUCCAAAAAAAAAAAAAAAGCAAUUACAUAUUUUGCCCAAAUCAUUGAGCCCUAUGCAUGCGUGACUUAAAUUGACUGAGUUGGCCAUUUAUUUCAAGGAACAUAACCAUGCUACUCAAAACUUUAACUAUGAGUGCAAACGCCUUUCUGUUUUGUUCUUGUUUUUUCUUUUUUCAUGUAUAUGAAUGUAAAUAGACAAGAUGGUUCAAAUGGUCAAAUGCAGCCAUUUCUAAGCUGUCAUACUGCACACAUUCCAGGUAAUUUUUGAAGUUAAUAUCUUACAUUUAAAAAUACUAUUUGCAUUUUGUAUCUAUGUGUAGAUCUCUGUUCGCUCUGCUUUGUGAAAUGACUGAAACUGAUCAUAAACGUUUAUCUGAAUUUAA